UUUUCCGGUUCACAUGCUCCAACAUAACUACAGCGAUGGCGACCGGCGGAGAUUCAAAUUUGGAAGCAGGCAAACUGGAGUUCUCUCUGGAUGUUCCUUUCCCAUCAUCCCACAAGGCGCUCAUCGCUUUACGAUCUCUGUCUCCUGAUCAGGAACCGAGAAGAGGUGGCAUAAGCAAACAGCUGAGCGUUUCUGGCAGCACUCUGUCUGUGAGGUGGAGUGCAGACGAAGCUCGGAUCCUCAGAGUGUCUGUCAGCUCAUUUCUAGAUCAUCUAUCGCUUGUUAUAGAGACCAUGGAGAUGUUUGGACCCUCAUUGCUCUGUGAUGCAGCACAAGUCUGUUAACUCUGAUAUUAGAUCGGCGUUCUUUUCUGGAAAUAGAUGCACUUGGAACAUGUUUAAUAAAAUACAACUUGUAUUUAUUAGUCCAGGUUUAAUCUGGAAAAUUCAUUUGUAAAAGUGGACUUACAUUUGUUUUAAAUGUAAAGGCCCACUCCUGAAAGGCUCCAUGAAUUUGUUGUUUUUAAAGCUCAAUUGUGAGUUGUGUGUAUUUUUUUUUUUGCAGGAAAAAUCAAAUUUCUUCAUAUUUUUUUCCAAGAUGAUUAUGAUUGUAAGUUUCAUCUGUCAGGCGGUGUAAGAUGUUGUAAAGGUGUUUCUCAAUUAAAUAAAAUGCUAUUUGACUUCUUAA